UUCGCCUUGUGUUUCUUCGAAUAGGUAUUGUAUUUAAGAAAUAUAUUCAACAUAAUUUAUUUAAUAGUAAUCUAGGUGAAAUUGAUACAUUAAAUGAAAAAUAUCAAGCACAUGCAUCGAUUGAAUCUCGUUGGUUAGUUACAUAUGAUAAACUUUUUUCUAAUAUAUCAACUGUUGAUCAAGAACGUUUAAUUAAUGGAAGAUCUAUUGCAUUGGAUAAAUAUGAUGGAUCUUAUUGGCAUCCUCAAUUAUAUAUUGAAAAUGCAUUAGGUGAUUUAAAAGAACAAAUAAAAUAUAGUGCAAAAAUAAAUUCAAAAGAUCAUCAAAUCUAUAUUUGUGAACAUCGUAUUAUAAAAGGAUUAUUUUGGGAAAAACUUGAAUUACAACAUUUUCCAAGUGAUGUUCAAGAUUUAUCAAUAUCAGUUACUUCAAUGUUAUUUCAUAAUAAAGUUACUUUAAUUCCUGAUCCUCAUCAUCCUAGUGGAGUUAAUCGAGAAGCAUUUGUUGAUCAACAAGAAUGGUCAUUAUAUGAACAUAUUGAUACAGAACAACGAUAUAUUAAUGAAUUUAUUUUUCGAAUUGAUCACGAUGAUGAUGAAGAGGAUGAUGAAGAUUAUCAACAAAUUAAUAAUAAAAAUAAAGAAGAUCGUAAACGUUCAGUUGUAACAGUUACCUGUCAUGUUGCUCGUCAAUCACAAUAUUUCUUUUGGAAUGGAUUUUGUCUUAUUUUUUUGAUCACUCUUGUAUCAUUUUGUGCUUUUGGAUUACCAUUACAAUCUAUAGUAAAUCGACUUCAAGUUGCAGCUACACUUCUUUUGACGUCAAUUUCAUUUCGUUGGACAGUAAAUAGAUCACUUCCUACAAUCUCUUAUUUAACAUCAUUGGACAAAUACGGAAUAUUGUGUAUAUUUAAUCUUGUUAUGCAUGCUAUUUGGCACAGUAUUAUUGCUGUAAUUAUAUAUGAACGAACACCAGAUUUUCGUGUGCCCAAGAAUUCAUGGAUUGAACAUUUAGAUCGUGGAGCAUUUGCUGUUUUUUUUGGUCUUUUUAUUGUACUUCACAUUGCAAUGAUUCUAUGGCUCUUUCUUGUUCCUUUCCGACAUCGUAAACAAAUGAGACAAAAAGAUGAGCAAUAUCGAACAUUGAUGCUUCAGAAAAGCAAAGCUGCUGAUAAUCAUUCGUUUCCAGCAGUUCAAAAGAAGACUGUCUAUGAUCGAGAUUUCACAAAGAUAUAA